AUGGUAUCUACAACAUUUAGGAGAAUUGUAUCGCCUUGUUGGAGACCUUUUGGUAUUGGAGAAGGUUCGAUCCCAGGUAGUAGUGAUCAUGAUGGUAAUGGCCGAGUCGAUGGUCUUUUGUGGUAUAAAGAUUCCGGUAAUCAUUUAACCGGAGAGUUUUCGAUGGCGGUUGUUCAAGCAAACAACCUUCUUGAAGACCAUUGUCAAUUAGAAUCUGGUCCUAUUAGUUUGCAUGAUUCAGGACCUGAGGGUACUUUUGUUGGUGUUUAUGACGGUCAUGGAGGACCCGAGGCUGCUCGGUUUGUAAACGAGAGACUCUUUUAUAACAUGAGGAGGUGCACAUCAGAACAACGAGGUCUCUCUCCCGAUGUAAUCACCAGAGCGUUUGUAGCGACCGAGGAGGAGUUUCUCGGUUUAGUUAAGGAGCAGUGGAAGAACAAACCGCAGAUUGCUUCUGUGGGAGCUUGUUGCUUGGUUGGUAUUGUUUGUAAUGGUUUGUUGUAUGUUGCAAACGCAGGAGAUUCUCGGGUUGUGUUAGGAAAACUCGAUAAUCCGUUUAAAGAGUUGAAGGCUGUUCAACUAUCGACAGAGCAUAAUGCUAGUAUCGAAUCCGUGAGAGAUGAAUUACGUUUGUUGCAUCCUGAUGAUCCUAAUAUCGUGGUCUUGAAACACAAAGUUUGGCGUGUUAAAGGGAUUAUACAGGUUUCAAGAUCCAUUGGCGACGCAUACCUUAAGAGAGCAGAGUUUAACCAAGAACCGUUGUUGCCUAAAUUCAGAGUUCCAGAACGUUUUGAGAAGCCGAUUAUGAGAGCUGAACCGACAAUAACAGUUCAUAAGAUUCACCCUGAAGAUCAGUUUCUUAUAUUUGCAUCGGAUGGUUUAUGGGAGCAUCUAAGCAACCAAGAAGCUGUUGAUAUCGUCAAUUCUAGUCCACGCAAUGCUGUGGCUCGGAGGUUAGUGAAAGCUGCAUUACAAGUAGCAGCAAAGAAGAGAGAGAUGAGAUAUUCGGAUUUGGAGAAGAUCGAACGAGGGAUCAGGCGACAUUUUCACGACGAUAUUACCGUUAUAGUCAUUUUUCUCCACUCUGCAAAUUUUGGGAUUCGAACUCCGGUCUCUAUCAAAGGAGGUGGUCGUCACCUCUCAGGCAAUAAUGCCUUUUUAUAG